CAAACGCGGAAGCGAUCUGGAACUGUCACACGGGGAAGCACAACAUUUCCAGUCUAAAGAAAACAUGAUUCACAUCUACCUUGCCUGCCUUUUUACAUUUUCAAAUGCCGCGUUUGCUAACCAUAUCGGAACACCAAUAAAAACAAAUGAAAGACCAAUAAUAGGUGUUCUUGCCCAGGAAGUGUAUGACCCGCCGCCUCAUAGAAACUCAUAUAUUGCGGCGUCCUACGUUAAGUUUCUGGAAUCUGCUGGCGCUCGUGUUGUGCCUCUGAUGAUAAAUAAGUCUGAUGAUGAGUACAGAAAGCUCUUCAAAUCCAUAAAUGGAGUCCUUUUUCCUGGAGGUGGAGUCAGUUUAGAAUCAUCUGGCUAUUCCAAAGCAGCUGGCAUUUUCUACAGACUUGCUCUUGAGGCCAAUUCAAAUGGUGAUUAUUUCCCUGUAUGGGGAACCUGUUUAGGAUUUGAACUUCUCACAUUGCUAACAAGCGGGAAGUUGCUGUUGUCCCACACCAACACUAGUGGUAUUGCCUUGCCACUGAACUUCACAGACGAUGUUAGAGACAGUAGACUGUUCAAAGAUUUUCCUGAAGAUCUUAUGAAAUCACUGGAAACAGAACCGCUCACAGAGAACUCUCAUCAGUGGAGUCUUACUACAGAGAACUUUACCAAGAGUGAGACCCUGAAAAAGUUCUACAGAGUUUUAAGUACCAACACAGAUGGACAAAAUGAGUUUGUGUCCACAAUGGAAGCAUAUGAUUUCCCUAUCUACGCUACUCAAUGGCAUCCAGAGAAAAAUGCUUUUGAGUGGACUCGGCCCUAUAUUCCCCACACACCUUCAGCCAUUAAGACCACAUUCUACAUGGCUUACUUUUUUGUAAAUGAAGCGAGGAAAAGUUUUCACAGCUUUCCUAGUACAGAGGAAGAGGAAAAAGCUUUGAUCUAUAACUACAAACCUGAAUACACUGGACCUCAAAGUGCAUUUGAACAGAUCUAUUUUUUUCAUUAGAUGAAUUCUUUAAAUGUACUGAUGUCUUUAUUAGUGUUUUUUUUUCUUUUUAAUUGUGUU